GUUAUUAACUUUAAAUUUAUUAGAAAUUGUUAAGAAGGUGUUUAAUUUUUUUGGACUUUUCUUUUUAGAUUUUUUUCUCCUUGAUGGCAUUUUCCCCCAAUUAUUUGUAUAGUUUAGUUUUGUUGACUGCUUUUUCUCUAUGGGCUUUUCAUUUUUGGUUUAUUUUGCAUUUAUUUGAAAAUGUUCGCUUCUUUUCUCAUCUUUCCGAUUUUGAACGUGAAAUGACUUACAGAACUGAAAUGGGAUUUUACUUUUCUUUUUACAAAACUCUCGUUUCUAUGCCUUUUUCUGAUGGCCUUGUUCAAUUAAUGAAAGACAAUACAACUGAAUUUGGCAAUACAAUAAAUGCUCUACAUCGAUUUAAUCUUUAUCCAGAAUUAAUUCUUUCUUCACUUUUUUCUGUGUUUCGAAGAUUUUCAGAUUAUUUUGAAUGGAAAACUAUCGUUUGUUGGAGAGUAAAUAGAGGAGGUGGAAUGACGCCAAUUGAAAGUUGUGAAGGUUUAGGCAAUUAUCAUUAUUUUUAUAUUUAUGGAGCAUUUUUUGUUGCAAGUAGUGUUAUUUUUUCUUUAUUUAUUGGUGGAUUUUCUUUAAGUCAAAGCUUUUUUGGUGGAAUUUUGGCUUCAAUUUCUUUUAUGUUUAAUCAUGGAGAAGCAACAAGAGCACAAUGGACACCUCCUUUACGAGAAUCUUUUGGUUACCCAAUAUUUUUACUUCAAACAAUUUUGACUGGUUAUAUUUUGAGAAAAGGAAAAAUUAAUUUAAUUUUUGGGGGUUUACAUGUUUUUCUGACAGUUGCUUUCUGUUGUUUUUGGCAGGUUUUUUCUAUUGUUAUUUUUUAUUCAUUUUAA